GAUGUAAGAGCUCACUGAGCGCUCAGUGAGCGGUCGUGGUACUAAAUGCACCUAAUACGUAUUGAGAAACGUUCCCUGGGACGACUCCUUGAUGGUCUAGUGAACCCUUGUAAGGAGUUAUCACCAACAUCAUCUACGAUUUCAUGCUCUGACGUAAGAAAUCUACAGAGGAAGAGAAAACGGGUGGAACACAUUUUGGAAGAAUUAGUAGAAAAUAUAGCCGCAGAAAAAGAAGAAAAAAGAGAAGAAAGAAAAAGAAGAGAGACAAAGCACAAAGAAAUUCGAGAAAAAAUAGACAAGAUCGCGAGAGAAGACAUAAGGAGCAAAUGGAUGUUCAAAAAUCUUUAGUAUCCAUUUUACAAUUUUUAAAAUAAAAUAUAGUUUCUUGUAGUUUUAUAAGAAAUAAGAUUAAGAAGGCGUUUACUUGCACGCUUAUUUACUUUUCCAGGC